UUCUGCCUUCGUCAUUCUCAUUUCUUUCAUUUUAAAAUUACAAUCAGUAAAGUGCGCAGUAUCGUGUUCUUGCUGGUUGGUUUCUUCACUGCUGCUAGCCUGAUCGAUUGCGUGUAUCGGUUUCGUACACGGUUCUGCUAUUUCGUCUCCGUCUGCAUGCGAUGAUUCGAUAGGAAUAGGAAAUCGGUGCUGUCUAUCUGACGAUGGGGUCGUGUUUGUCUCGGGAAGGAAAAUCAGCUCCGAAAAGGAGACCGUCGACGCGAAUCACGAACAACUCGGCGCCGGAAGGAGGUUUUGGGAGCAAUCGAUGGAUGAGGAUGCGCUCGUCGAGGAAAGAGGAUAAUCAGAUUAACGAGCGAGCUCUGGCGGCGAUUCUGCAGCAGCAGCUGCAAAACGGCGGCGGAACGGCGCCGUUUGAUAGGUCGGCGUCGUUGAAGUAUCCUGCUAGAAGCUCGAAGAAGAAUCAAGCGUUGCCUCGAAGCUCGAGCACCAGAGCGCGGUCGCUCACUGAUCCUUUGCUUCAACCUCACCAGCUUGUUAAUCAGGAUAUCAAGCUUGAUGAUCUUGAGAGCAAGCACUUUGUACUUGUUCAUGGUGGAGGUUUUGGUGCAUGGUGCUGGUAUAAAACUAUUGCUCUGUUAGAAGAAGUUGGAUAUAAAGUCACAGCAGUAGAUUUGGCCGGGGCCGGAAUUCAUUCAAUUGAUGCAAACAAUGUCACAAGCCUUGCACAAUAUGUGAAGCCUUUGGUUGAUAUUUUGGAAAAGAUCGAUGAUGGGGAAAAGGUAAUAUUAGUCGGCCAUGAUUUUGGUGGCGCGUGUAUAUCAUAUGCUAUGGAGCUGUUUCCCUCUAAAGUUUCCAAGGCUGUUUUUGUUGCUGCAGCUAUGUUGACAAGUGGGCAGAAUGCUCUUGAUUUGUUCUCUGAGAAGGCCGAUUCAAAUGACUUGAUGCAACGGGCUCAGGUUUUCCUAUACGCAAAUGGGAGCAAUCAGCCUCCAACAGCCAUUGAUUUCGACAAAUCUCUUUCAACAGACUUGCUAUUCAACCAGAGUCCUGCAAAGGACGUCGCCCUGGCAUCUGUCUCGAUGAGGCCAAUCCCCUUCUCGCCAAUACUGGAAAAGCUCUCUCUCACCGACACAAACCAUGGUUCUGUAAGAAGGUACUAUGUAGAAACUCUCGAAGACAAUGCUAUACCCGUUGCUGUACAGGAAUCCAUGAUAAACAACACUCCCCCGGAACGCACGUUCCGUCUGAAAGGGGCCGAUCACUCUCCAUUUUUCUCGAAACCUCAAGCCCUGCACAAGGUUCUCGUCGAGAUUUCAAGAAUCCCAUGAACAUGUCUAAGUAUGCAUUUCAAGAUCACAGAGUCCAUAGCUACUUCUUCAUGCAGGUAUGGAAUUCUGUUUAGAUUAUGCUAUUUUAGAGAAGAUUUUUGAAUGCUUAAUUUUAUGGAAAAACUCAUUGAUUUGUCUUUGUUGUAUCUUUGUUGAAUUAUGGAUAAUUUGAUUCUGUAUAUAGAGCAGAAUUACAGAGUUUAUAGUUUUACAGAUUCUUGAAAUGCAUUUCUAAGAUUCUCGAAGCAAUUUAUUUAGUUAUUAUUAUUA